ACGACACUUGAGGCCCAGCAGCAACAGCAGCAGCAGCAGCCGUCGCAUCGCAUUGACUGCAAAUUGACUUUCGAUGCGACAAUGGACUCGUUAGAGCAGCAGCAGCAGCAGCACAAUGACUGCAACGUGCUGCAGCCAACAGGCAGCAGCAGCAGCAGCAGCACUAAUAAGCCAGCGGAUGCGGGCAGCGACCACGAGGACGACCACGAGCAGGAGUCGGCGAAUGUCCUGCGACACUCAGUGUCGGGCAGUCAGCCCCUUUAUGAAUUACAAGUGGUUGUUUGGCCAGCUGAUGUUGGGGCUGUUGAUGACAUUGCCACAACAACAAUGGGAACAACAACAGCAGCAACAGCAAGCACAACAACAACAACAACAGAGGCAGCAGCAGGAGGCACCACAAUGGGAACAAGAACAACAACAGCAUCAACACCUACAAUGUUGCCUUUAUAUGAGGAUCAAUUGGUCGUAUUUCCGCAAAUGGAAUUUGAUGAGGAAAAUUUUGAUUAUUUCUUUGAUGAGCAGCAGCCAGGAGCUGUAGCCACAUCCCCAACUACAACAACAACAACAACAACAUCCACAUCCACAUCCACCCCAAGACCCGACCCACCGCAGCAAGUUUAUGUGUUGGAGAACUAUCGCAUCAAACACGCCAAUGGCACCGAGGAGCACAAAUUGGUGCUCAGCAAUGGCCUGGCCAACUACAUCAAGCUGUAUAGGAAAACCGUUGGCGACCGUCUGAUCAAUGUGCAGGAGGGCUAUCACUCGACUCCUGUCGCCGGGCAGAAGUCGCAGAUCCAGACGAUUUACUACAUUGCCGAUGAGCGGGGCUACAACGUCUACAAGAUUGAGCAGGGCCCCCAAUCGACGGUGCGUCAGAUGGCCACGAAAUCACCGAAGCCUAAGCCAAAUAUGUGAGAGUGUGGAGAUAUCAUCGCAUUGCACAGUGGGAC